CUACACUCCAUCACUGCAGUUCUUCAGUCUAUUUCACCAAGUGGCCGCUUCCGAUGUCUCCUUGAGCUUGCUUGAGUUUGCCAGUUCCGUUAUUCAUCAAAGACGAUGCCUUCAGACAUCAGAAGUUUCUUCGGCGGCGGAGGGGAAGUGAAGCCCGCCUCAAAAGCCGCUGCCCCGGACUCGGCGAAGAAAGACAAGACUGGCAGAGGCAGCCAACGUGGUCGUGCUCGGAAAGUCGUUUCUGAUGACGAAGAUGAAGAGAUAGUCGAGGCCAAGCCCAAGAAGCCCACCACUCCUAAGGCGAAGAAAACUGCAGAAGAGCCGGCGGAAGAGGAGACCACAAGCUCCGCAUACUUUGCGUCGUCAAAGCCCAAAGCUGCCAAGUCUACACCGUCAAAAGCUACCGCCAAUGGAGUAGGCAAGACACCCACUAAACAAGUCAACAACGGGACUCCCUCUACGGGCAGGAGAUCAGCUAGGAAGACGGCUACAAAGAACUAUGCCGAAGACGAGGACGGAAAUACCGCAGUGAAUCUCCAGGAUGAGGACGUUGGUGGAGACGACAUCUUCAACGACCUCAAGAGCAGGAAGGUUGACGAUGACUACGAGGAAGAUAGUGACGAAGAUCAUAUUAAGCCACACCACAAAGCCUCCAUACCAGUGAAUGGUCAUUCCAAGAAGAAAGAAGCGGAGGAUGACGAAGAUGAUCUUGAGACUGCCGAAAUUCCUGCUUACGAUGGACCCAAUGACCGACGACCAAAAAGAACCUCUGCAGCGACCACCUCAUCCCGUAAGCGAAAAUCCAAAGACCUGGAAGACGAUGACGAAGAUGAUUUCCUAGAUGACGAGGAUGCGUCACCGAAGAAAAAGUCGAAAAAGACAGCCACUGCUGCCGCGAGGAAACCCCGAGCCGCAGCAAAGAAGGAAGAACGAGAAGAAAGCAGCGAGAUAAAAUCCAUCCUUGACAAUAUCCCAACUGUGCGAGCUCCCACACCUCCACCACGAGAUGAGAACAAGAAGUUCACCUUCCAAGCUGGGGGAGGUAACGCCAAUGUUGCACCACCAGAAGCAGGAAGUGCUGAAAUACCAGAGGGCGCGGAAAACUGUCUAGCUGGGUUGACUUUUGUCUUCACGGGUGUCUUAAGAUCUCUGGGUCGAGAAGAGGGUAUAAAUCUCGUCAAGCAAUAUGGCGGCAAAGUCACCGGUGGCCCCUCGAAGAAGACGAGUUAUGUGGUCAUCGGUAGCGAUGCCGGACCCAAGAAGCUCGAGACAAUCCGAAAUCUUGGAAUCAAGACAAUUGAUGAACAAGGACUUUUCGCCUUAAUCCAGCAGCUUCCUGCCAAUGGUGGGGAUGGUAAAGCUGGCGAAGCUUACGCGCAAAAGCAAGCCAAGGAAGAAGCUAAGAUCCGCAAGGAAGCAGAAGAAAUGGAAGCACGAGAAAGGCAGAAGCAGAAAGAAGCAGAUAAGGCUGCCAAAACGGCUGCCGCGCGAACUGGAGGCCCGGCCCCAUCAGCCAAAUCGCGACCAAGGGUCGAUGACCGGCUGUGGGUUGACAAGUAUGCUCCAGAUUCGCUCACUGGUGUCUGUGGAAACAAAACACAAGUCGAAGGAUUGCAGAAAUGGCUACGAAAUUGGCACAACAGCGCCAAAUCUGGAUUCAAGAAAGCUGGGGCCGAUGGGAAAGGAAUCUUUCGUGCUGCUCUGCUCUACGGUCCACCUGGUGUCGGCAAAACUACCGCUGCGCAUCUGGUUGCUAGUCUCGAAGGCUACGAUGUUGUGGAAAGUAAUGCCAGUGAUACGCGGAACAAGAAGCUAUUGGACUCUGCUCUCGCUGGUGUACUGGACGCAACUUCUCUCCUGGGCUAUUUUGCCGGCGAUGGCAAGAAAGUUGAUCCUGCGAAGAGAAAGCUCGUUUUGAUCAUGGAUGAAGUGGACGGUAUGUCAGCUGGCGAUCGCGGCGGUGUCGGUGCCCUUGCUGCUGUCGCCAAAAAGACCCAUGUUCCGAUGAUCCUCAUCUGCAACGAACGGAAUCAGCCGAAGAUGAAGCCAUUCUACCAGGUCACGGCAGAGUUCCAAUUCAGAAGACCUACCACAGAUCAGAUACGCGGACGAAUUGCGACUAUACUAUACCGAGAAGGCAUGAGAUUGCCGCCGCAGAUCGUGAACGCUUUAAUCGAGGGAUGCGGCGGCGACAUUCGACAGAUCAUCAACAUGAUUUCGACCAUCAAACUUGACAACAAAGAUCUUGACUUCUCGGAUUCAAAGGCAAUGUCGAAAGCUUGGGAGAAGCACGUCAUUCUCAAACCCUGGGAUAUUGUCAGCAAGAUUCUCCGACCGCAAAUGUUCGCUGAGAGCUCGAAGGCGACUCUGAAUGACAAAACCGAACUUUACUUUAAUGAUCACGAAUUCAGCUAUCUCAUGCUUCAAGAGAACUACCUGAAGACGCAACCCACCCUUGCAAGCAAUUACUCGGGCAGAGAAAGACAAAUGAAGCUUCUGGAACUCAUCGACAAUGCGGCCUCUAGUAUCAGUGAUGGUGACCUGGUUGAUAGGAUGAUCCAUGGGUCACAACAACAAUGGAGUUUGAUGCCUCUUCACGCUAUUUUCAGCUUUGUUCGCCCAGCUAGUUACGUCUACGGCAAUUUUCAUCAACAAGUUGGCUUCGCAGGCUGGCUUGGACAGAAUAGCAAACAAGGCAAACUGUCGCGCUUCGUCAAGGAAAUUCAAGGCCAUAUGCGUCUCCGAUCUUCAGCUGAUCGCCACGAAGUUCGUCAACAAUAUCUUCCAGCCCUUUGGAAUAAGACUGUUGGCACCCUUCAGGAUGGAGGUAAAGAAGCAGUCCAAGACGUCAUUGACUUCAUGGACUCGUACUAUCUGACCAAGGAGGACUUUGACGCCAUGCUUGAGUUGGGCGUGGGACCAAUGGACAUGGAGGGAGUCAAGCUCGACACACAGACCAAGGCUACCUUUACCCGACUGUACAACCAGCAGAGUCACCCAAUGCCAUUCGUCAAGGCCAGCCACAUCCUAGGCAUGGCCAAAGGUGGAGCAGCGAAGAGAGAAAAGCCUGAUCUGGAAGAAGCGGUUGACGACUCCGAAGUUGAUGAAGUGCUUGGACCAGACGUUGAAGGUCCGGAUGAGGAAGAAGAGGAAUUAGAUCUGAAGAAGGACAAAUACGUCAAGGUGCCCAAGAAGAAGAGUGCCGCUGCCGCCGGUAAAGGAAAGGGCAAGAGAAAGAAGGAUGAGGAUGCUGACGACGAAGAGCCCGACGAACCGGCGAAGAAGAAAAAGACUGCUGCUGCUGGCGGUAGCAGAGGUGGAAGAAAAGGCAAGGGUAAAGCCUGAGGUUCGUUCUGCACUCCCCUGAUGCGAACUCAAAGUCCCCUAGCUGGCUGUCGGCGCCGCCGUGAGAGUGGUCAAUCACCUGGCAUCGGCUGUUAAUGAGGAUUGGCGAAGAACAAAAGCAAUGUAUGACCAGGAUGUUUGUCGAGCUGGCUGUGUGCGCCCUGUCGCUCAUGCAUACGGCAUAAAUGCAGAAGUUCGAUGACAAGCUCAGUAUUUGAUACGAAGCAAUAUUACACGAGAGAAAUACAGUCAUUGAAGCAAAUAGGGAACAAUUUCCAAAGUUCAGCCCUCAAGGGACAUACCGAGGUGGUGGCUGAUCGGCUCCAUGGGCUCCCCG